UCUAAAAUGACACGAUUGUACUAUGUGGUAUUCGUAUCUUGUUUGGGGCUGGCAGAAGCCCAGUUUCAGGGAUUUGAGGCACCUGUAUUCACCGGUUCGAACUUCGGAUUCAAACAAACAAAAUCUGGAAACCCGGGAGACCCUUCUGGAGACCAGACGAAAGACGACAAUGCUAAAGCCAUCAAUGCUGCCACUGAAGCAAUAGAGGCUAAGGUAAAAGCUGAAUUAAAGGAGACAAGAGGCACGGUACAACAGCUGAAGGACAGGUUUGAGCAACAGGAUAAAGAGGCAAUUACAAUAAAGGGGAAGGUGCAGGAAGUCAACGGGAAGGUGCAGGAAGUCAACGAAAAAGUAAAGUCACUGACGGAGAAUCUCCAAAGUGUUGCAAAAGAGUCUGAAGAAAGGAACAAAGCCGUGCAAAAGAAGAUGAAAGAGCAGUGCCUUGUCACGGCUCAACUGCAGGCAGUCCUUGGCAACACUGCAACUGGAAAACCUACCUUCACGUCGGCAACAUCAAGUUCAACUAAAGCUGGAGCAGUGGCUACUCGAGCAAUUGAUGGCAAUACAAAUCCCAUGUUUCUCGGAGGCUCGUGUACUCACACGAGUUCCAGGGACUCCCAUCCCUGGUGGCUUGGACAUCUAAGUGCGAAGAUUGAAGUUCACAACAUAACACUGACAAACAGAAGGGACUGCUGUGCCAAUCGCUUGAAAAACGUGAUAAUUGAAGGCUUUGAAGAAGAUCCCACAAACAAUCCUGAAGCACAACCGCAUUUAUGCAAAAAGCACCCGGAUCAAGUUCAGGCAACAGAAACUAUUCAAUGCGACUCUCCUAUUGCUGCACAUUUCAUCCGAAUUUCGCUGGGUUACAAGGGGUAUCUGACGUUAUGCGAGGUUAACGUAGGAGGUGUAACGCUAGAAAGGAAAGGUUUUGCUCUCCAAAGUUCUGUUGUCUCCCCUUCCACCAAUGCCAAGAUGGCGACUGAUGAUGACGUCAGCACCUGUUCCGUGACUGGAAGUGAGACUGGUGAUGCUCCCUGGUGGCAGAUGGAUCUGAAUGGGGCAGUUACUGUCUUAAGUGUGGAGAUCACAAACCGGAAUGAUGACAAAUACACGUGGCUCUCCAACAUCCAGAUUGAUCUUUAUGAUCAACUGCCAUCAAGCUGUUCAGGCGACACAGAGGUCACCCGUCACAAGUGCACAUUCCGUGAAGAACAAGUUGGUCGAGGAGAGACAGUAACUUUGACUUGUGACACGCCCAUGACCGGUCGUUAUUUGAGAAUCACCAAGAUGGUCAAACUUCCGAGCGAAGCCUUUUCUCUGUGCGAAGUCACCGUCAACACUUUACCUUCGGCAUGACAACACAUUCGGUUGACCCGCGGUACCUUUGGCAUAUGAACCCUAACUGCUCGUCAUUGUGUCUUUGUACUUCAACGUAAUAAAUAACAGCAAACGA